AUGGCGUGCCAAACUGGAAUUCGAGGUUUGUUGACACUUUUACUUUGCGCAUAAAAAGGUCGAUGACUAUUUUUGACAAAAAGAGAGUUUAUUGAGCGUUAGUUUCAUAUUUUAUUAGGUCAUGUCAGGUGAGCUAUUUGUUUCGUUUUAUUUCUUUUUGGUUGUUCAACAUUCAGAAAAUUUACAUGAAUUUUUUGUGAAGCCAGAAUUUUGAAGCCCCGAGAUUAGAAACAAUGAAAUGAGAGCAAAAUAAAAUGAGUUUCAAAAGAGUUCUGCUCUGGAAACUAGUCUUCAUGACCAGAAAACAUUUUUUAUCAUAGCGUACAAAAUGAGUUCAGAAUUUUUUGAAAUUCAGGAAAAUGUCUCAUUUUUUCAGAGAAUCAGAAAUUCCAUUCAGUAUUUCCCAGGCCUAAACUCUAUAGAGACAAUAAUGUUUCAAAAAUCAAUAAUAUCCCAGAAUGUUUUCUUCACAAUUUUCUUUCUGUCCUAUUUCUUCUCUGAAAUUAGGAAAAUAUCUUCCAGUUUUUUUCAAACUACUUGAAAUCCAAUUUUUUUUCAAAAAAACCUCACAUAAUUAAUAUUUUCGACCUUUCCACUUUUGACUUUUGACAUUUCAGUUUCGAUUUCAAGUGUCUUUCAGGAAACUUCAAGUGCUUUUGUACUUUUUCAAUUUUUUUCUAAUAAGAAGUUUUCAUGCUUUCUCCACAAAAUAGAAAAACCAUAAACGAAAGGCGAUUGACAGUUGGAAAUUGUUUUGUUGACAACAAAAAACCGAACAUAUACAAAUAUCCUUUUAUUUUAGGCCAAUCGGAUAGAUUGGGGGGAUAUAUCGGAACUCCUCCGAUUUUUGCAUCUCUUUCGUUUUCUCUUUAUUCAUUCAUUCAUUCAUUUAAUAAUGGGUUAGACGCAGAGAAUCGUUUUUCUCGUAAAAUAAAUAUAAGAAUAUGUAUAUAAAAUCAUGUAUGUAUAUAUAUAAAUAUAUAUUUUCAUGAUGAAGAGGGCGCGCAGCUGUCUGUCUGUUCAUAUAACAUUGCGCUAAAUUUGGUAGAAAAAAGAGCACACCAUAAUGAGCAUCUUCUUCUUCUUCUUCUUCUUCUUCUUUUAUUUUCUUCCAACACAAAAUCUUUGCUCUCAUUUUCCCUUUUUAGUUGAUGAAUGGAUGAAGGCAUACAACCACAAACAUGUAGACAAUAGUAGUAAAAAAAAAUAGAAAAAAGUGUAUUUUCCCAAAGGAAACACUUUUUUGUGAAUGUGUAUUGUGUGGAAGCGUCUUUUUUACAUACAUACAUGCAUUCAAAUACAGAAAAAAAGUUUUGAAUAACCAAAAAAAAGCAAACAGAAGAUCGAAACGUAAUAUUUUUCAGCCAACGCAGCUUUGCGAAAUGCACUCAAUCUUGGAAAACAAGCCAAACUUCGAUUAAUCAAGAUUGUAGUGAAUAAUGAGGAGCUGACACCAAACUAUGAAUUUGCGGGUACAACAAAUUGGCGGGAUGAUUGGCGGGCGUGCUUACCGGAAUGUGUAGAUGCUUAUGAACCAUGUUUUGUUUUAUUCAGAUUGAACACUAUUACUGAAUGGGUGCUUAUCACGUGAGUCAUUUUUGAGUUGUUUUUGUAUGAAGGGAAACAAAAUGACAACUGUUUGGUCAACUGAGAAGUUGCUCAAAGUUCUGAAAGUUUCUUUUGGAAUAAAAAAAAUGGGAAACUUGCGAAACAUGAUUUUUGAAGUCUUAUGAUCGUCAAAGAAUCAUUUCAAUUAGCAAAUGUAAACAUCAUAACAUUUAAAAAAUCGAAUUUUCAUUUCUCAAUGUUUCAAAUUUUUGUUUUUUCCAAUCGGUGGUUUCAAUUAAAAAUGUUUCGAAAAAGAACUUUAUAGUGAAAAGGAUUGCAAAAAUUAAUUAGUUGUUUGUUUGAACAAUAAAAUUAUUUCAGAUUUGUUGAUGAUCGUGCACCAGUUCGAGAAAAAAUGCUGCUCGCAGCUACUUGCGCAACAUUCAAAUCCGAAUUCGGUCAAUGUUACAUCGAACACGAAAAACAUGUGACAGAUCGCAAAGAUCUCACAUUAGAUGCUUUUGAAAAAUGGCUCAAAGCAAAAACUGAGCUUGGACCAAUGAGUGAAGUCGAAAGAGAACUCCAUAAUGCUCAACAAGAAAGAGCUGCAGUUGCACAUGCUGGACCACAACAUAUGAAAGGUGUUGCAUUCCCAGUUGAUCGAAAUGCUGAAGAAGCUCUUCGACAACUUGGAAAAGGCCAAUUGAGCUUUGUUCAAUUAUCGGUUAGUUGUUUUUCAUUUUAUUGGUAAGUCAAGUGGAAGAACACGGUUUCACUUGAUCGUUGAAUUGGAAAAAAAUCUAAUGGAAAAAUGGAACUAAUUAGUAUUUCACACACAUAUGUUCCUUUGAUGUUUAAAGACCGGAUGGGGGAUAAUGAAGUGGGGCUGUGAAAUGUGAAAAGCAAACGAAACAAAAUGUACUCUUUGAGAAAUUAAUUUUGGUAGACUUGAACAUAUUGCACUUUAUGUAUUGUUAAUCCAUUAAAAAAUGUUAUGUAAGAAAAAUUUUUGUUAUCAAUCAUGUGAAAAACUCGAUAACCAAAAAUAGCAACAAAAAUUCCACGUUUCACAUUUUUUCAGGUUGACACCCUCAAUGAAGCCAUAAAAUUGGAACAAACAUUGGACACUUUAGAACCAUCAGCACUUGCAUCAAAAGUGCCAAGAGAUAAACCAAGAUACACAUUUUAUAAUUUCGAUCAUUCAUGGGAAGGUGUACCACAAAAAUGCACAUGUGAGUCAAUUAAGAGAAAAAUAUUUUCAAAAUUUGAAAAAAAAAUGCUUUUUCAGUAUUUAUCUAUUCCUUACCUUCAUCCGGUAGUUCAAUCAAAGAACGAAUGUUAUAUUCAAGUUGUAAAGGACCAUUCUUGGGAGCAGCUCAAAAUUCAUAUGGAAUCAUUAUCACAAAUAAGGUUAGUUUUGAUGAAAAACAAUUGGAAUUUCAGGAAAAAUAUUUUGAAAAAAUAGUGGAGAAAAUAUGAAACUUUUAAAUUUUUAUGAUAAAACUAGCUAACCUGCUAAAAUUUUAUAGAAUGAGAAAAAAAUAUGAUCCAAAAUUAUAUUAGAACAUCUACCAGAGAUCUGGGUAAGUUAAGAACUAACAAGGUGGCAGAACCUUAUCAAUUUAUAGGAAGUUAGCCAGUCUUUGAUUUGACUUCAAACCCAAUUUGGUAGAAAAUGUUAACUAGUAAAAAAACAACUUCAAAUUCAAUCCAACAACUCCAAAUUCAAUCUUUUUCUAGAUGGAAGUUGAUGCCAAAGACGAUUUAUCAGAAAAAGCUCUCCUCGAAGUGAUUCAUCCAUUACCAGUUGAAGCACCAAAAUCAUUUGCUCGACCAGCGCCACCAAGAGCCGGACCACGUAGAAUUACAAAAGUCUAA